AUGAAUGGGGCACGUGCCCGUCGUGUGGGAAGGCUUAGCUACGCGUUCAUUUCGACAGAUCUUGCACAGCAGGUCACGUGCCCUCCCCUGCCUGCCCCAGCCAAUGGGAAGGUGACGGCGUGUCAGGUGUCCAUUAACGAUGUCUGCUCAUUUGACUGUGACAAUGGCUACAUUCUCAGCCCUAGCAACCAGCAGAGAAAAUGUCAGCCAGACGGAUCAUGGACGGGAUCCGAUGUCACUUGUUUGCCGUGUGGUCAGAACACGUACAAGGCUGGUCCUGGUCAGUGUACCCGGUGUCCGGCAGACACUCACACCACAGGUACUGCCAGUAUGCUGGUCGGCUGCAUCUGUAACGACGGCUUAACCGGGCCUGGUGGAGGACCGUGCCAGGAUGUCAACGAAUGCUCUCGACAAAAUGGCGGCUGUGAGCAGAGCUGUGAGAACACUAGGGGAGGUUUCCAGUGUAAAUGCUCCAUUCCGGGAUACAAAGUAAACCCUGCCGACCGAAAACGUUGUAUAGUGGAAAAACAAUGUUCAUCAUUCACGACCCCUACAAAUGGCGGCAUCGUCUGUCACCAUAAGAACGAUACCAAUACCGACCGUUGCCAGGUGAAAUGUAAUGACGGCUUUGAGCAUCCCGUGAGAAGCAACCAGUUCGAGGAAUGCGGGCCAGCCACGAACUUCAAGUGGUCGUAUGAGAUUAAUAACAUACCUAUCCCUGCUUGUGUUGAGCAAUAUUUUCCUGGCGUGAUCGUCGACGCAGAAAUCGCCUACUUUGUGGCCAGCUGCGACCAGCUGACAGACCAACAGAAACAGGACGCUAAGAACGCGUUCCUGCAGCUUCUGCGAGGACAGGGGGUGUGCCUGGAGAACGGAAGAGCGGUGUGUAACGUCACCGACCUCUGGAUAGAGUGUGGAGAAAUCGACUUAAGCGGAGGCAUUCAAAAGAGGGACGCUAGCUCUAGCCGCGUUCUCAAGUUCAAAUUCAAACUAACCACGGACCAGAAGCCGGUCAGAACUAUGAACUGUGGACGCUUCUGUGACGGACAGGCCGUGUGCGACGCUUGCUUCACCAAUCACGUCCAGUCCACUGUCAGAAAGGUGACAGCAGAGCAGGAAAAAUUACGGGAGGUUUUUGGAACGCAAGCUGCACCAGACGCGAGACCAAAUCCUCAGCCUCGACCAGGCGUUUCCACAACCUCUGGUGCUGGCGUCGCACCAAAGUCCUUUAACAGAGGAAUAACUGCUUUCCGAAGUAACCUAGCACGAAACUUCAACAGAGUUAUCCCAAGCACCAGUGGUCAAAGCCCCGUGAGACCAACUGAAGCAGUGACGACAGCAGCGCCGCCUAGGGGAAUGAUGAACAUCGGGGGGUUGGUUCUGAUGCCUGCGCCCACCGGGUUACAGAUGAUGUCUGAUGUCAAGAUGGCGUGUGAAACUGGAAUGGAGAAAAAACGUGACAUGUGUGUUCCCUGUACACCGGGAAGUAAUCUGCCGCCAGGUGGCAGCAGGUGCGAGCAGUGCAUCGCAGGAAUGUACCAACCGGAAGCUCAGAAGACUUCCUGUAUCCCCUGUCCCGCCGGGAAGACCUCGCCAAGGGGCGCUAUUGGAUGUGCAUGAUAAGAAACACAAGAAAGAGCGAAAGAGCUUUACAAACGACUUUUUAAAUACAAAAUAAUAAUAUAGUAAUCUCAAUUAUAGUUCAAGACAAUAGAAAUGAAAACAUGCCGAAAAACCUAGUACUAAGUUUGAGGGGACCUAUCCAGGGCCGUAGCCUCCGGGGGGGCAGGGGGGGCA